CCUGAUUCCAAUAGAAAAAACACACCACCAAUUUGCCCCAACCCUGUACUCAUGCCAACCUUAGCACCCAGAUACGAAUCUGACUACGAUAGUAGCUCUUCCUCAGUAACCAUACCUGGCUCUAGCAGCAGCUGGAUGAGCAACCUCAGCUCUCUCUCCGUCACUUCUUCUUUACCUGAAUCUUCAUCACUCUCCUCUACCCACAAGCCACACGAGGCCAACCAAGCCGCAUGGGAGGCCAUCAAGGGGCUACAGAUUGCCAGUGGAGGAGUUGGGCUAGACCACUUUCGUCUUCUUCGCCGGCUUGGCAGUGGCGACUUAGGAAAUGUGUAUCUUUGCCGGAUAAGAAACCCUGUGGUGGGUUUGCCUCAGUGCUUUUAUGCCAUGAAAGUGGUUGAUAAAGAGGCACUUGCUAUAAGGAACAAGUUGCAGAGAGCGAAAAUGGAGAAGGAGAUUCUAAGCAUGAUUGAUCACCCUUUUUUGCCUACUCUGUAUGCAGAGUUCGAAGCUUCUCAUUACUCAUGCUUGGUCAUGGAGUACUGCCCCGGCGGCGACUUGUACGCUGUCCGGCAACGCCAGCCCGGAAGACGCUUUCCCAUUUUAGCUGCUAAGUUUUAUGCUGCAGAGACCCUUUUAGCUCUGGAGUAUCUCCACAUGAUGGGAAUUGUUUACAGAGAUCUUAAGCCAGAAAAUGUGCUAGUAAGAGAAGAUGGUCACAUCAUGCUUUCAGAUUUCGAUCUUUCUCUAAAAUGCGACGUCGUUCCAAAGCUUAUAAGUUCUAAUAAAUCCAACUUGGGAGCCAUUGAUCACAAACCCAAAACUUCAACACCAUCUUGCGCCACAUACAUGCAGCCUCUGCGGUCUUGUUUCUCAGCUUCCAACAAGAAAAAGCAGAAAGCUUCUAGAGUCACAACAAUAACAGAACGAGUAGAUAGUGAUGGUGGUGGCGGCGGCGGCGGCGGUUGUUAUCGUAUAGAUCAAGAGCUUGAUAAUCCAGAAUUGGUGGCCGAACCCAUAAACGCUAGAUCGAAGUCCUUUGUUGGGACCCACGAGUACUUGGCACCGGAGGUGAUAUCAGGGCAAGGCCAUGGGAGUGCAGUGGAUUGGUGGACUUUAGGGGUGUUUUUGUACGAGAUGUUAUAUGGAAGAACACCUUUCAAAGGCGAAAACAACGAAAGGACCUUGAUUAACAUCCUUAAACAGCCCUUAAGCUUUCCAAGAACUGUGAUUAGCAGCAGCAAAGAAUUAGAAGAAAGGGUAAAAGUAGAAGAUCUUAUAAGCAAACUUCUAGUGAAGAAUCCCAAGAAAAGAAUUGGAAGCUUCAAGGGAUCCGCUGAAAUCAAGAGGCAUGAAUUCUUCAAAGGAGUGAACUGGGCUUUGAUUAGGUCAGUCAAGCCUCCUGAGGUCCCAAGGGAUUCUUGCAAGCUUACAAGUAGAGUUCUCAUACCAAAGUUGAGCAAGAAAGAAAAAGAAGCACCUUAUCAGAUCCCCAAUCAUCAUCGGUUCGACUAUUUCUAACCGUUCAAAAAGAAUUUAUUUAGAUCAUAUCUACUUGAACUGUAAAAUAAUAGUGGGUUUAUAUAAAAUUUU